AGAGCAGUAUAAUACGUAUAAUAUUAUAAUACGCGAUCGACACCGAACGAACUCUACCUAUAUGAUGGACAGUUCAAUGGUGACGGCGGGGGCGGUCGCUCAUCGCGUUUGCGUUUUUUUUUUUUUUUAACAGAAAAUUCGUUUUCUCCCAGCGACUUUCCACCACCGCGGAAUAAUAUGUAUUGCGCACAUCGACCGAAUAAUAAUAUAAUAUAACACGCGUGUUCGGUAGUAUAUUUUUUUGUUGACAGAAAUCGAUUUUUUUCCACAUUUCGUUCUGUGGCAAUAUAAUUAAUAUAAUUACGCGUGCAUCUACCUACCUGCUCACCUAUACAAGUCCAGCUUAAUAUUAUAUAAUAUUUGGACGCCGGCUCGACUUGUGAGGUUAGGUUAGGUUAGUCGUAUUCCUGAAAUAAUAUCGUCAUAUCGUCUUCACAAAUUAAUCGGCCUUAACUGUGCCGGUGGUAUGAUGUUGUAGCGAUUCUUGUAGAUCUUGACGCUUCCUCCGUCUCUUUUUCUCGAUCUAACUCUCCCCCUUUUCUCUCACUCUUCGUUCAUUUGAUCUUUCUCGAGUCUUACCGGAAUGUUCAAUCGUGCCAAAUGCCGCCGGACUGAAAAUAACAACGAAGACAAAUCAACCACCGAACUACAAUCAUUCUCGAAAAAGCCUGAAGUCCACUUGUCGUUCGAAAGUCUCACCUAUACUGUGAACACCUACAGAAAGCUAAAAAAAGUGAAAAAUGAGAUCUUGCACGGUAUCGAUGGCUGUUUUCGGUCCGGACAAUUAACAGCUAUCAUGGGACCGUCAGGUUGUGGCAAGAGCACAUUACUCAACGUACUCGCCGGAUACUCGAUCAGUGGAAGUUCAGGCCAAGUAUAUUUGAACGGCUCGUUACGAGAUGAAAAACAAAUGACCAACAUAAGCUGCUACAUUCAGCAGGACGAUUACGUGCGUGACCUGUUGACUGUCAGAGAGUCGAUGACGGUCGCUGCCCACCUCAAGUUACCAACAACCUUAUCGGCUAUAUCAAAAGCCGAUCGAGUGGAGGUCCUGCUUGACGCGUUGGGCCUAUCCGUUCAUGGAGACACUAUCACCAAACGGCUCUCCGGAGGCCAGAAAAAGAAACUGUCCAUCGCUUUAGAACUCAUAACCAACCCUUCAAUAUUGUUCCUAGACGAACCCACCACUGGUUUGGAUAGUCAAUCUUGCAGUCACUUGGUAUCAUUGAUGAUCAACUUAGCCCAUAAUGAAAAUCGUACCAUUGUGUGUACAUUACACCAGCCUAGUGCUUUACUGUUCGAAAAGUUUGACCAAGUAUACGUGUUAAGCUCAGGUCGGUGCAUUUACCAAGGACCACCUAAAUUAGUUAUUCCUUACUUUGCAGAACAUUCCGUCAUAUGUCCACCAUACCAUAAUCCAGCUGACUUAUUUAUCGAAGUGGCCAUAGGCGAAUAUGGUACUGAUGUACUUAUGAAAUUGUUUGAUGCAACAAGAAUAACGUACAUAAAUAACCGAAAAAAGUGUUAUACAAUUUUUGGUGGAGACCACCAAGCACCACUUGAAAAUGACGCGUGCCAGAAAAACAAUAUCGAUAACAAAUUUUUACCAUAUAAAACCGAAAUUUUAAAUAAGCCACCGUUUUAUAUCCAGAUCUAUCAUUUAUUUUGGCGAAAUAUAAUCAUGUACAGACGUAACAAAACCAACGCGCUGCUGCGGCUCGUCGUUCAUCUCGUUGUAGCUCUCACAGUCAGUUACCUAUACCGCGGAGUGGGCAACGAUGCAGCACGAGUGCUUAACAACACGAAGUUCGUGUUCGGUACGAAUUUGUUCUUGGCAUACACCGGUCUGAUGGCGGUCGUCGUUUCUUUCCCAUUGGAGUACAUAGUCUUGAAGAGGGAACACUUCAAUGGUUGGUAUACACUUUUUCCGUACAUGAUAUCCGUAUUGCUGAUCGAAAUACCGCUUCAGAUUUCGUGUUGUCUCGUCUACAUCAUACCGGCGUACAUAAUCACUGGUCAACCGUUGGAAAUCAUGAGAUUCAGUUACUUUGCCGUUUUCCUAGUGGCCACUUCACUGACGUCUCAAAGCGCAGGAUUCUUGUGCGGCACAACUAUGCCGUUGAAGGUGUCUGUGUUUGUUGGACCAGUAUCGUUGGCGCUCCUCUCCGUGUUUGGGUUUGCGAUACGGUUACCGGACAUACCUGUCAUGUAUGUGUGGCUGCAUCAUUUUAGUUUCGUUAGGGCGUCGUUCCAGAGUCUCUUGUACUCGCUGUACGGCUUCACCAGGGGAGUUUUACCGUGCUCCAAUGAGUACUGCCACUACAAAAACCCAGUGAAAUUCCUCACCGAAAUGGCAUUCAAUCAUUGUAAUAUUAACCCUGAACUGUUGUACGUGUGUUUCUUUUUUUUAUGUACUUACGUGCUAACAAUAACUGUCAUAUGGUACAAGCUGAACAAACGAUAAAAUCUUACUCGAAACCAAAUCUGAAAUAGGAUUAACGAGUUCUUAGAUACUAAAUCUGUCACAUCAAUGUUUUUUCUGAUGUGCAUCGGUUAUAAUUAUUAUUUAUGCAUGAGUCAUUUUUCAGCACAAGUUAUUAUUAUAUUGUAUUUGGU